GCCUGGACUAAGCUGGAUUGUGGGGUGCAGCACCACGAGGGGGUUGGAUGUGGGUCAGUACUGAGUGACCUAGGCACUAAAAGUUAGCGCUGAGUAUCCAACACAUCUGAGUGAUUAGGCUCUGCUAAGGAGACCAUUCAGAAGUCAGAGCUCUGCUGAGGAGCAUAACUGAAUGACCAGAGCUCUGCUGAGGAGCAUAACUGAAUGACCAGAGCUCUGCUGGGGAGCAGCAUUGAAUGACCAGGAACUUGGGGGGCAGCAUUGGAUGACCAGGGUUCUGCGGAGGGGCAGCAGAGAGUGAUCAGAGCACUAAGGGACCAGGACACUGAGGUCACCCUGGGGCUGCUGGAAUUCGGAUUGGGGCGAGUUGAGGAUAUCCUGCCCUCUUAUUACCAUGACUCUGGGAACAGACAUGUCUGAUAACUCCCUGCUUUCUGAGGACACGGAUAUUGAUGUGGUGGGGGACCUGGGCAUGAAGGAUGGGAAGUUCUCAGACUACCACUCAGACUCUGAUGACAAUGUGCCCAGGACCCCCAGGGGGGAGGCGGCUUCUCCAGAACUUGGCACAGACUCUCACCCCCGGGGAGUGGACAAGAAUCCCAAGACCACCCUAGUGAAACCCCCCUAUUCCUAUAUUGCCCUGAUCACCAUGGCUAUUCUGCAAAGCCCUAAAAAGAGACUGACUUUAAGUGAAAUCUGUGAGUUCAUUAGUAACCGCUUCCCCUACUACAGAGAGAAGUUCCCUGCCUGGCAGAACUCAAUCAGACACAACUUGUCCCUUAAUGACUGCUUUGUAAAAAUCCCCAGGGAGCCGGGAAAUCCGGGCAAAGGCAACUACUGGACCCUGGACCCAGAAUCUGCAGACAUGUUUGACAAUGGCAGUUUCUUGAGGAGGAGGAAGAGGUUUAAGAGGCAACAGUCCUCUGAGAUCCUGAGAGAUGCCAGCAGCUUCAUGCCAGCCUUUGGAUAUGGACCUUACGGCUACAACUAUGGACUGCAACUGCAGAACUACCAUCAGCACCACCCUGGAGCCACCUUCUCCUUCCAGCCAACACACUGUCCUCUCCCUCCGCCAGCUUCUGUGUUCUCCAGCCCCGGCCUCCCUUCUUUUAUUGGGAAUGAGCUGAGCAGGAAAUCGUUCUAUUCUCAGAUCAGCCCUUCCAUGCCUAUCCUGCAGACUUUAAAGUCAGAUACCCAAAACAGACCCUCAUUUUCUAUAGACAAUAUCAUAGGAGGUUCUUCUCCAUCCAGUACACCGACAUCCCACUACCCAGUCCAGCCUGGGAGCCAGGGACCUGUUCUGGCCAUGUUAACCCCUUCACUGGCUCCUAUGCAAAACCAUUUAAACUUGGGACAUGAAAACCUGCUACAGCAUGGACAGAACUUUGCAAAUAAAAUCACAAAUCUUAACAGCUGUCCCUUUUAAAAAAAAAUAUAUAUAUAUCAAAUAUUUCUCAACCUGUGUAUUUAAGGUAGGCAUUAUGAUUUUUUUAUAGAACAUUUGGCUUCAACAAGAGGUCAUGCUCCCCCUAAUUUGCCUUUCAGAUAACUUUAUGAAAAUUAUAUUUAUAAAUUGUAAAUAUGUAAUGUGCUAAAAUAUGGGGGGCUGUAAAUGCCAUAUUUUAUAAAUAAACAGCAGAGUUUGUACAAAAUCUCACCAAGGUUCUUAACACAGAAGUGGGUGGGGGGUGUUUUUCCUUUGUGAAUAGCUAUUACCUAAAGUGAGAAUAAUAUUGCUCUUGAAAAGAUAUUUAAUUUUAAUGCAAAUCUGUAAUAAGCACUGUUAUCAAACUCAGGAUUUUGAUACAUUUUAUCGAGAGCACGUUAACCAUUUCAUUGCUGGUCCUCAGUUAAUCCUCAGCACUAUUAUGAGUUAAAUUGUUUGAUCUUGUUUGAUCGGAAUGUCUAAAACUUUUUUUUUUGUUUUUCUUAGUGUUUUGUGUAUAUGUAAUUAUGUAUAUAUAGAUGAAAUGGCAGCAAAACUGCAAUUCCUGUGCAUCGUUCAGUGAUUAUAUUUUAAUUGGAUAUGUGAAUAAUUAUAGACGGUGUUAUGUGGAAAACUAAAUUGUGCACCAAUUGGUUUGGUGAAAAAAAUAAUUAAUAAAUGUUUGUGAAUUUAAAA